GAUCUUAUCCCCCCACAGUCUAUCAUAAUGAUUGCUCAGAAUUGUUUUUCUUAUAAUAGUUAAAGGGCGUGACACGUGCCAAUGCCCUAUUUGCUACUCCUACAAGAAAGUCAAAGCAGCCGCCGUUGACUUCCUACCACCAUCUCAUCACCUUCCCCAUCUUGCCUUGGAGAAGAAGCACACAGACCCGAAUACACCUCUCUCUCAACUCCGUCUCCGGGUCACAGGCACAAGGAGAGAAGAUGAGCAUGUUCCAGUACGAGGUUAAUCACCAUAGGAUCAAGACCAACGGGAUAUAUAUACAUGUGGCCGAGCUCGGGGAACCAGGUGCCCCGCUGGUUUUGCUCCUCCAUGGCUUCCCGGAGACGUGGUACUCGUGGCGGCAUCAGAUGAGAUACCUGGCUGAUCAGGGCUACCGUGUUGUGGCCCCUGACAUGAGGGGUUAUGGUGACUCUGACUCUCCGCUCAGCCCCGAGUCUUAUACUGUCUUCCAUCUCGCGGGGGACGUCCUUGGCCUCCUCGACCACUUCGGUGAGCAACAGGCAUUUAUAGUGGGGCAUGACUGGGGAGCAGUGGCGGGAUGGUUCCUAAGCCUGUUCAAGCCUGACAGGGUAAAGGGUCUAGUGGCUCUAUCAGCUCCCUACUCGCCACGGUCUCCGGACAUCAAGACUAUCGAAUCCUUCAAGCAGUUAGGAGAUGGCUUCUACAUUUCUCAGUUCCAGAAACCAGGGAGAGCAGAGAGGGCUUUCGCGAGGUACGAUUACCUCACGGUGAUGAAGAAGUUCCUUCUUAUCAACAAGACCGACAUAUUGAUAGCUCCUCCGGGCAUGGAGAUCGUGGACUACUUGGAAACUCCAUCGCUGCUCCCUCCUUGGAUAACUGAAGAAGACUUGCAGGUUUAUGCGGACAAGUUUCAGGAAUCAGGCUUCACCGGUCCUCUCAACUACUACCGGGCUAUGGACCUGAAUUGGGAGCUACUAGGACCGUGGCAAGGAUCAAAAAUUACAGUUCCGACAAAAUUCAUUGUUGGAGACAAGGACAUGGGAUUUGAAGCUGCUGGGACAAGGGAUUAUAUUCAAGGAAAUAUCUUCAAGAGCAUUGUCCCUGAUCUCCAAGUCGUUGUUCUAGAUGGUCACCACUUCAUCAAUCAAGAGAAAGCCGAAGAAGUCUCCUGUGAAAUUCUUAGUUUCUUCCAAAAACUCUCUGCGGUUUAACUUCUCAUACAAAUUUUGUGGCGACGUCAUCGGUGGAGUGGGAGGGAUUGGCCCUCAUAUAUGUUGAUAAUGGAAUGGUUAUGCAUUGGAUUUGCAUUUACUACCCAACUCUAAAAAUCUUGGAAUCGCAACCACAGUGAUUUGGGGUAUGAUGUGCUAAGUUAAGCUGCAUUCAUACCUUAAGAAGCAGGGUGUGGGAGAACAAAGCCUUUGUUUCCGAAGGCACUCUUAACAAUAAAAGUCCACAGGGUUUUUGAUAUCUA